AUGGGACAAGUGUUCGGUCGCGACAAUCAGGCGGAAUCAAAUAAACUAGUAAAACCGAGAAGCUAUAUUGAGUAAGUUUAAUUUUUUGAAUUAUCGAUUAUACCAUCUUAAUAAAAAUUUAUUGAAAAAAAUAUAAUCGAAAAAUAUGGUUUUCCUUAUAUUCGUAAUGUUAUUUCAGUAAAUUAGCCAAUUUCGUAGUGGAAGGGGAAUCAAGUUCCUCCCUGACUGACGCAAGCGAAACCACCUUUUCAUCGGGCACCGAAUACACUCAAACUUCUACAGGUAAAGCUUAAAUUUAAAAUUUUUUAAUCAGCAUAGUGAACAAGUAUAUUUGCAAAGUUCCACAAAAAAAUACAAUUUAUUCUACAGAUUCCGUCAACAGUACCGAAGAAGACAUGAGUGACUUGGAAGACAUUGGCAACACAGAUGAAGUUCGGACCACCGUUGACCAUGAACAACAAAAACGUAUCGACCACUGGAUUCAAAAAGCGACCAAUUUUGAUGAUCAUGAAAAGCUCCAAUACCAGACGCGACUGUAA